ACUCCAGCAUUGCAAGAAUGAAUCACAAGCACACAUCAUCAUCAUCAUCAUCAUUCUAAAGAGCCUUCAAUUCCUUUAUACCUCUCUAUAUAAGCCUCUAACAGUCUACACUCAUAAGUCAAUCAAUCAUAUCUAUUCAAUUGAUAUUGAUCAAUUCUCAUCUCUGUCUUUGACAUUCCAUACUUGGCAUUUAGCAAACAUGGGUGUACUUCAAGUCAUUAUCAGGUUAUCUUUGGUUGCUACACUCAUCAAAUUGGCCAUGGCUACGGAUCACAUUGUUGGAGGACCAAAUGGUGGGUGGGAUGCAACCUCAAACCUUCAAUCAUGGGGAACAUCCCAACAAUUUUCAGUGGGAGACAAUCUCAUUUUCCAGUACCAGCCAAACCAUAAUGUGAUUGAAGUUACAAAAGCAGAUUAUGACUCCUGCCAGGCAACUAGCCCAAUUCAGUCUUACAGUGAUGGUGCCACAACCAUCCCUCUCAGCUCACCAGGAAAAAGAUACUUCAUUUGUGGGGCAAUAGGACAUUGCACCCAAGGAAUGAAGGUUGAGAUAGACACCCUUUCCAGCUCAACUUCUUCUGAUGACUCACCAGCUGCAUCUCCUCUCGCAGAUUCCCCAACAAUUUCUUCCAUCAUUCCCUCUGAAUCUCCAGAAGAAUCUACUACCUUACCUGCUGAAUCUCCUGAAGAUAAUAACCAUGAAGCUCCAAGUCCAUUGUUUGAAACAAAUUUGGGAAGUCCUUCAUUCUCUCCAGUUGUUCCAUCCACUGAAUUUCCAGCUGCUGCCUCGCCUCUAGCUCAAGCACAAAAAUCGUCGGACCUCUCAGCUUCAUCAACCAGGAAUGGCGAUCUACAAGCCUCCGUUGCGAUAGUGUUAAGCUUUCUAAUUAUGUUCAUAGCUUUCUAAGGAUGGGGAAAAUCUUACCCAACCAUUGCUGCUGAGCCUAUCUUGUGUGAAAAAUUGUUUUUGGUGUUUUGUCCUUGUUGUUGUGGUGUGGUUAUUGCAAACUACUUCAGUGAAAUACAAGCUUGCUUUAUUGGUUUA